CGGCCAACGUGGAGGCCAUCUUGCGAAUUCUGUCCCAGUACACACCGUCGAGAUGAUGCUGGGCGAUCCAUUCGACAUGGCCCCGCUACGCAACCGCGUGUUCUGCACGUUCAUGGACUGUGCCACGUGCGGUCAGUUCUUCCGCGACGCGUACACCAGAAAUUAUAAACCGAACGGCGUCAAGGUAUAUUGCAUGCCGUUUUCUACUCUAAACUAGCCGUUCAUGUCGACAUGUGUCUAGGUGCUUCGGUAAGAACAAUCGUCUACGUUCCACACUACAGGAACGUUGUGUAAGGUGAUGGACAGGUGCUUUCCCCAUUGCUGCCCCGACCACGUCCCCCACAGCUCGUGCGGCACCAGUGUCGUGAUGCAGGUCGCAGGGCAGUACUCUGCCGCCGAAGCCCACUCGUUCGUAGCAUUCGGCCGCUUUGAAACGUGUUCCGAGCCGACGUUCUCUCUUGGCCACCAAUUGCACCUCGACGACAUGCAAGUCUCAUGCAGUGCCACGAACUCGCUAGCAAUGUGGUUUCCCAGCGACAGUCCGUCGGACGAGAACCCGCGGACGUUCACCUUCAAGGAAAAGCAACACACCCCAUGGCAUUACGGAUGGACGAGCGGCGCCAGCGCGGCCCUGCGCAACACUCAGCAUGUCUUCAAGGGGUACUUGUUCCACGUCAUGGCAGAGUCCCCGAAUGUGCUGCAACUUGUGGGCAUCGCGCAGUCUCCUGGGUUUAUCAUUGUGCCAUACAAACCUCUGGGACACGGUACAUACCUACCACUGCCAUCUCGUACUCGUCAUUCAAUGGUUCAUGCAGAGGCGGUGGACACCGUGCCGCCCGAUUCCAUCUCAGUCGACAUCAUCGACGUUGCGCCAGCAUCGUCGGCCUUCGACUGUCACUUUGUCUCGUGCCAGUGCGAGAAACCCAUGUUUGGCGACAACUAUAUCCGGUGCAACCGAGCAAACGGCCGCAAACAACUCAGGUGCUUUCCGCAUUGCUGCCCGGAACACAUAUUGCACUGCAGCUGCGGCGGUCCCAUCAUGUGCGGCGUCAACUUGUCGCUCGCGCCGCCCCUCGCACGGCCCGCCAAGGAACUCGUCAUGUAUGCGCACGGCGAGCGCUUCAACAUGCCCGAGCUGCACCUGCACGACGAGCUUCCACACGACCUGAUCCUGUCGCGACUCCACCAGCCAGGCAACGAGCGCGGCGAUUGGGUCAAGGGCGUGGUGCAGCCAGGCAUUUCCACCCCCACGACGUUGUUGUUCAACUUCAACCAAAACUCGAGGCAAGCGGGAUGGCCGUACAAUUGGAAGGGCAGCGCGACCAAGGUGGACCGCAACCGUAAACACGUGUUCAAGGUAAUGUAAACCGACCUGCUCCUGCUCACGUCAUAUAUACGAUGGUGACGUGAUGCUUUACACAGGCAUAUGUGUUUCAAGUGCUGCGGGGCGGCCACACGCUGCGCGUGGUCAACUGGGUCUCGUCCACGCCGUUCACCAUGUCGUCGUUUCGACGGUGCAACACGACGCCGACUUCUCGAACCAACUCGUACAUUGAAGUGAAACCCACUGAAAUCACAGACCUCGUGGCGCCGGUGCCGCGAAAGCGGUCGCUGGACCGGAUCGAGUCGCCGCCGUCGGUGCUGCAUGACCUGCACUCGGCCGGGUGACAAAAGCACUUCGAAGUACCAUAUUGUUGAAGUAUUAGUGGUGUUCUAUUUAUAUAAAGACUUUUUCGUGGUGGUGAGUUGUUGGUUG